AAAGAGUCGGUGCAUCAUUAUUAAUUCGUCAACAUAUUCCGUAUUAUUUUGUUCCUUGAAAUCAAUUAUUCAAAGUCGCUGGACUUUCAGUGCAACAGUGAUGGCUUUUCUUCCUCUUCCAACAAAAUAGAUAAAUACUCUUCGUCUGCCUUCCUUGGACUCGCACUUCCAAGGCUCUCUCUUCGAUCUCCUAAGGCAUUCUAGUUUGCUGUUCAUCCUGUCAGAACACAGAGGGGAAAAGAGAGAGAGAUGGAAAACAAUGUUGUAAUGUUUGCUAUUGCUAGCCUGCUGAUCUUCUUCUCAUCAUCAAUAAACGCCCAAAGUAGAAUCUCUGUGUCUCCUGCACCGGCUCCAGCAGCCCCAAAGCUUGUGAACCUUACUGAUUUGCUCACUCAUGCCGGCCCAUACGCCACAUUCCUUAACUACGCCCAGUCCACAAAAGUCAUACAAACGUUCCAAAACCAAGCCAACAACAGUGAUCAAGGAAUCACUCUCUUUGUCCCCAAAAACGAAGCUUUCAACAACCAAAAGAAACCAUCCCUCUCUAACCUGACCACUGACAAGCUGAAAUAUCUCAUGCUUUUCCAUGGAGUGGCCAAAUAUUACACUCUUGCUGACUUCAGUAACCUCACGCUACUCAAUACAUUUUCUGGUGAUGCUCUGAAUGUCUCUGAUGUAUCUGGUACGGUGUACCUCAAAUCUGGAUGGACGACAACCAAAAUCAGCAGUUCAGUGCUUGCUACUCGUCCUGUUGCGAUUUAUGAGGUUGACAAAGUUCUUCUUUCCAAAUCCAUCUUUGGGACGAACAUACCCCCAACCCCAGCACCAGCACCAGCACCGGAUGCUUCUUCUCGCCCUACGCUUGCUGCUGAUGCUCCAGGUUCUCAGGAAAGCGAUUCAUCAUCGCCUCUUGCUUCUUCACCUCCGUCCUCUUCUCACAAGGUUAUGAUGAGCUUCGGUCCUCUCACACAGGUGGUAUUGGCAAUGGCUGUUGCAUCUGCCUUGUAAAAUUUUAUGUUCCUCUUUACUUGUGCAGCUAUGCCAAUGUAAGAGAAUACUACGUAUUCAUGUUUGCCCCAUUCAUAUUGGUUCACUUGUUCCUCAUUCUUUUCUUUUCUUUUUGGAUCCCUAUGUUGGCUUGGUGAGAACUCAUUUGUGGUAUUCAAUUCACUCGUCUGAGCCAUAUGCCAUAUUCCAUAUAUACAUAUACUUUUGUAAUAUAUACAUAUACCUUUGUCUUGAGUAAGCUUGGAUAAUAAGAAACUAAAUAAAACCCAAUUGGAAUAAGAAAAGAACUCACGGUUGCAC